AUGCGCCGCAUCGGCUGCCUCCUCUCGGGACUCCUCUUCAUCCUCAGUGUGACCAGCACAGACGGCUUUGCCCGGGCAGGCCGCAGAGUCUGUGCUGCGGCGCCGCAGAGCCGGAUGGCCGCCUACACCGAGUCCCACGUCCAGCCCGUCUACCAGCCCUACCUCACCACCUGCCAGGGCCACCGCCUCUGCAGCACCUACAGGACCAUCUACAAGGUCGCGUACCGGCAGGCGUACAGGCAGCUGCCCCAGCCCGUGGCGUCGUGCUGUCCCGGCUGGAGUAGAGCUAACAGCCACGCGCUCAGCUGCAACAGAGCUCUCUGCUGGAUGCCGUGCCAGAACGGAGGAGCGUGUGGCAUUGACCCACGCUGCCUGUGUGAGCCUGGGUGGCUCCAGCGAGCUGUGGUUUCAGACGUGGACGAGUGUGCCGGCCAGAACCACAGAUGUGGUCAGCUCUGCAUCAACACGGCCGGGAGCUACCGCUGCGCCUGCCGGGAUGGCUUCAACCUCGCUGCCGACGACAAGGCAUGCCAGCCCCUGGUGCCAGAAACCUUCAGCCAAGCAGGUCCCCCCAGUGAAAUGAAGGAAGAAAUGAAUGACCUGAAGAGCAGAGUGGAAGCGCUGGAGCAGAAACUCCAGUUGGUGCUGGCCCCCUUCCACAACCUCAUGCCAUCUGCACCGGAGGACGUCGGCGCAGACCCCAUCAGCCGGCUGUCCCACUCCCUCCAGCAACUGGACAGAAUCGAUUCCCUGAGCGAGCAGAUCUCCUUCCUCGAGGAGCGGCUGGAGACAUGUUCCUGCAGGAAUGAACUCUAGCCAAGCGCCUGAGGAAUUGGAGUAAGCAGAGUGUAUCCGCAGCUCUUCUCUCACUGUCCAGCCCUAGGCUGGGGACGAAGCCACAUCAUCUGCAGGAAGGCACAGGGUAGCAGGAGAAGGCUGGUUUCCCAUCAGCAUCUCCAUCAUCUUCUCUUCCAACUCACCUUAUCAAAGGUCACACAGUUACUUCCAAACUGGACCCCAAGCCCUCAGCAUCUCACCUCCUUCCUGCUAGAGCGGCAGAAAAUAAAUGCCUUACCUCGUGCCAUUAGUGCCUGUCUGGCUGUGCCAGAGAGACCGGCUGUACA